UAUGCCGAGAGAAGAAAACAAAGAAAUUGAAGAAGAAAGGCGAGCCAAAAAUGCUUACGAUUUAAUUCGGAUUCGAUUAAAUAGACUUGAAAAAAAUAUUGACAAACCAAUAAUAAUUCCUCAACGGAAAGAUGACCCAAAACCAAAACCUCCCCCAGAAUUUGUUCGAAAUGUUGUUGGCUCUUCAGCAGCGGCGGGGAGUGCAGAAUUUCAUAUUUUUCGAAAUAAUAAAAGAAGAGAACAAGAAAGGCUUGAACAUAUUCAAAAACAAGCUUUAAAAGAAGAUUUGGACAAAGAAUUUGAAGAAAGAAAAAUGGCAAGAAAAGAAGCUGAAGAGUUAAAAACUGCUAGGAAAAGGGAAAAAAGGCAAAGACAAAAAGAGCGUAAAAAGGCUAAAAAAUUUAAAAAAGAUGGAGGAGGAAAGAAUUGUUCUUCGUCUUCAGAAAGUUCUGAUUCAGAAGAAGAAAGUAUUUAUGAGGAAGGGAAUAAAGGAAUUGAAGAGGGUGAUAAAGAAGAAUAA